AUGAUUGCUGAUCGCUACACAGAAGAAUCGGAGAGAAGCCGAGCGUUGGGUAUCGCUCUAGCUUUUAUCUCCUUUGGCUGUCUCGUAGCACCUCCUUUUGGUGGAAUUCUCUAUGAAUUGGCUGGAAAAAUAGUUCCUUUUCUCUUUUUGGCAACCAUUUCUCUCAUCGACGGUUUUCUUCUACUUUUAGUAAUGAAACCAGUGCGAAGUCAAAGAUCAAAAAUUCCUGAAGAUCAAAGAGUUAAAGGCACUCCCAUUUAUAAACUCUUGAUGGAUCCAUACAUUGCUAACUGCGCUGGAGCCCUUGCCAUGGCCAAUGUUUCUCUUGCCUUUUUGGAACCAACCAUUUCUCUGUGGAUGAAGGACACUAUGGAUGCCACAGAAUGGGAAAUGGGCUUCAUCUGGCUUCCAGCCUUCUUGCCUCAUAUUGCUGGAGUUUACAUCACUGUCAAAUACGCUGAGAGACACCCCAAUAAACUGUGGAUUCUUGCAGCCGCUGGCCUGGCAAUGGAAGGGGUUUCUUGCUUCUUCAUCCCGUUUGCAACGAAAUUCGCCGUUUUGAUUUUGCCAAUCGCUGGUAUCUGCUUUGGAAUCGCUUGUGUCGACACAGCCCUACUACCAACUCUUGGUUACCUUGUGGAUACGAGGCACGUUUCCGUUUAUGGGAGCGUGUACGCUAUUGCUGAUAUAUCUUACUCUCUUGCUUACGCUAUUGGUCCGAUUGUGGCCGGCAGCAUUGUGCAUUCAAUAGGCUUUUUGGCGUUGAAUAUUCUUAUUUGUAUUAGUAAUAUCCUCUAUGCGCCUGCCCUUUACUAUUUGAAUAAAGCCUACCAAUAUACACCAUUUGAAAACGAGGAGAUGAAAACACCGGUGACGGAGAACCGAGGUCUGUAUAAUGCCGACGAACGACAGAACCAGCAGUACUCCAACUAUGGCGGCGGUGCCAACACGGAAAAGAACGUUGAUAAUGUUGAUAACGGGAUGAAUUUAGAGAUGAGCAAACCCAAAAACCAAUGGGGUGGACAUGACAACAGCUACCACAGUAGUGGAAGUUACAAUACCGGAAAUUACAAUACCGGGAGUUACAAUACUGACGGUGGAGAUCGCUAUGGCGACGAAAGAUAUACGCGCUGGGAACAGCCUUAA